AUGGUGCCAAACACAGGACUGCAUGAGCCUUCAGCUACCGACUGGACUGAAGCGGAAAAGGCAGAAUUGGUAGAGUAUUACAAAUUUUGUAUCGAGCAACGAGACAACUGUAUCGAGAGCUUGGAAGCAAUCUGUCAGGAGCAGGAGGAUUUAGAAGUACUGCAUCGGAAGCAGAAGGAUUCAGAGGAAAAGGAUGGAGAUUCAGAUGAUGACCACGAUAAAGAUGUGCAAGUUCAGUACGAUGAUCUCGUUCGCAAAGCUAUUGAUCAGGUAACUCUCAUGGAGGGUUACCUUGACAUCUUGAUUUUCAUCGAAGCUGAGAUGGAGGCGAGUGAUCUGUCUAUUCCUUAG